AUGGGUGGCUCGUCUGUGGAGGGAGACAGGGAUGCUGUUCCUGAGAGCUGGGAGGGUGCAGCACGUAGGGACAGCUACGGGGAGCCCGGCCGGGGCGGGAGCACGGGGAGGAUCGGGAAGGGAGACCCCCGGACAGGAACGGGACUCCGGAGGGAGGAGAAGUCCGUGGUUGAAAAGCACAGGGACAAGGACAGGAACAGGGAGGGACAUAAGACACUGGACGGAGAGAGACAGACAGAGGACAGGGGCAGAGAAAAGACGGACAGGAGAAGAGCAGGAAGGGAGAGGAAGAACAGGGCAGACUCCGGGCGCACUCCGGCUCCGCUGCCGCGGGGAUCUCACUCGGCAUGGCCGGCUGUAGGAGCGGCUCCGCCGGCGCCACACACGCCGGUACCGGGCGGCUCCCGGCGCGCCGGGGGACAAGGGGACUGCAAGGUGGCAGCGGGCAGCCCGCAGCGCCGCGGGGCCGAGCGGGUCCGGGCCGCCGGGGCUCUGCAGACACCGGCGCUGGGGAAUCCUUGCGGCUGCGGGCGCGGGGGUGCUCGGGGCAGCCGCACCGCCACCCAGCUCGCUGCCCGCCGCGUGUGCCCACCGGGCUGCCCCGUGCCCCGAGCCUGCAGGCUGAGCCCCGCGGCCGGGGUGACCGCCUGCCCGGCGGGGAUGCGUCCUGCCCGGCCACAGCUGCGGCUGCAGCUGUGGGGCUGCUCCGGCUCGGCAGCCGAGCUCCGCAGGUUGCAUCCGGACAGCACUUGACCAGCUGUUUUGUAUAUUUUCUAAUUUCGUGCAGAACGGGGCAGCGGUCGUAGAGGGAACUGCAUCGGGAGCAGGAACAUGCGAAACUUCAUCAUGUUCUGCCUCUACACCUCCCUGGCUUGCCUUGAAUCCCUGGUGGCAG